AUGAUGAAGACUCGGCCCUGGCCCUCUAGACUAGUCUAGGCUCUACACUACAUGAAUGAUAUUGAGACUACUGACUACUGUCUUUUUCAGGGUUUCCUUGCCAGUUUAUUAUUAGGACUGAAACUCGGAGGGCUUUGCGAUAAAGCCCAUAGUAACUCAUCCGUGAUGUCCGGCCCAGCGAAGAAAGAGCUGGACGUUUCCAAAUGUCCUGUGUCCGAAGUGGUCGUGUACCUGGACAGAGCUGACGUGACUAGAGAAGUGAAGGUGGAGCUGAGCGUUGGAGAGAAUGAAAUUGUGGUGAAACAAUUGUCAAAUGCUAUUGACUCCGACUCAAUCAGGGUUGAAGGCCGUGGGUGUGCCACGAUCGGUGAGGUCAAGUACCAGCAGAAGCAGGUGGCGACGGAGGAAGAUGGUCCCGACAAGGUCACAUCCACGGCGAUGACCGCCACCAAGGAGCUUGAGCGUGAACGCGAUCGGCUGACUGACACACUCAGCCGUGUCCGAUAUGCCAAGAAACGUGUUAAGAAGCAGCGGAAAAUCCUGGAGGAGUUGGCGUCGCAAGAUAAAGCCGCUGUCCACCCUGCUGCAAAGGCGUUACCGUUAUACGGCAAAGGGAAGGCUCAGGACCCGUUUGCCAAAAAGAAGGUAGCCAUUGAGACUUUUCCGAAGUUGGACGUGACAAAGAAUAGCUCGUCUGCAGCCGAGAAACGGGCUUCUCUUCCAACAAUGCUGGAGAUGAUGAGCGAGUCGACUCUUGGAAAAGUCGUAUCCUUCAUGGAGUUCUAUUCAACGCGGACACGGGAGCUGGACGAAAGGCUGAGUGCUUUUCGGAAGGAGCGAGAUGAACUCAAGAGACAGAUUCAAGCCGUUGAGGAGAACUUACUCCUGCGAGGGAGCAGUUACAAGACAUCGCCAACAGGCACCACAACAAAUCGGAGUGUCUCUAUAAGCGUCACCACUGAUAAAGCCUGCACUGUGUCUCUGCUGGUAUCCUAUGUUGUGAUGGAUGCUGGAUGGCAGCCACAGUACGACUUGAGAGUCUUCAGCAAGGACCAUUUGCUCAAGAUACACUACUUUGCUAUUAUCUCUCAGAGCACCGGUGAGGAUUGGGAAGAUGCCACGCUUGUGCUGUCCACUGCACAGCCCAGUAUCGGCGGUAGUCCCCCGGAGCUGGGGACGAAGAAACUCUCCUUUUUCCGAUCUCCAGAAAGCAAUAGAGAAAAAAUGUCAUCGGCUCCUGUUGUAAUGUCAAGUGCAAUGAGAUCAACGUCAAGUAGAGUUAGAUCAGCACCAUAUGCAGAUGUGUCAUUGGAGUCUAUCCGCCGUGGUUAUGCUCUUGGGGAUGAUGAGGAGGAUGACGAUUGGAGUGGUGAUUUUUACAGUGCACCUCCUCCACCUCCUCCUGAUCUUGGAGUGCGAACAGCCGAGGUGAAGGGAACGGUGACCAGCACGGCAUUUGAAAUCCCACGCAGGACAACGAUUCCUGCAGACAAGACAGGGCACAAGGUUUCUGUUGCAAUCAUCGAUCUGGAGCCAAAGUUUGAUUACGAGACCGUACCAAAGGUGCAGGCUCAUGCGUUCCUAAAAGCCCAGGUGAAGAACUCAUCGCAAUAUGCUUUGUUGAAGGGACCUGCUAACGUCUUCUUGGACAACAACUUCAUUUCGAAGACAUCUCUGUCCAACGUCAGUCCUUAUGAAGACUUCACCUGCUCUCUCGGCGUGGAUCCUGCUAUUCGAGUUCUCUACAAGCCAGUCAGACGCUUCAAGGAAAAUACAGGUAUUCUGAGCAAGUACACGCUGGCUACGCGAAAACAAGCAAUCGAGAUCAAGAACACCAGACUGGACGUCAUCAGAAUCAAGCUGACUGAUACGGUGCCGAGAUCUGUUGAGGAGAAAAUCAAGGUGAACUUGGUGAAGCCGGAAGUUACGCCGAAAGAACCAGUUCGAUCCGUUGCCGCUGGCACCGUGAAGCUUACGAAAGAAAAUCUCCUUGAGUGGCAGUUGGAGAUUCCAGCUAGCUCUCAGCAUACUGUGGAGUUUUCGUUCACUGUUGAGCACCCUGCGCAGGAGACAGUCACGGGUUUGUAGACUGUGACUAUCGUUCAAGAAGAACCAGUCAUGUAUGCCUACUAGUACUACUAACCUCCCUCCACUGAAGUAGUAAAUAUUUGACGUAAAAGUCGAACUUUUAUUACUUGCCGUGUGGUCGAUCUGCACUGGAGCAUUGAACGAACUGCUUGAAUUUAGUACUAGCAAUUGGUCUCCCAAACAUCUUGUAGUGUGGCCCCGUGGCGCCUUUUCAGAAUAUCACCUGUCUACAGUGGCAUGUUCAUGGCGUUUCUAAUUCUUACCUGGGCCUGUCUUCAGUUCCCGGCAACACGGCUUGUGUUGCGUACUCAAUACUCAUACGUUGUGUGCGCAGCAGGGCAAACUUACAACCCUGGCAUUCCACAAAGUUUCUCAAAUGGCGAUGGCUUAUUGAGUUUAUUACAAUCCUUACAAAAACUUCGUUUUUACCAUCCUUUAAUUAAUAGGCAGACUUUACUCACUUAGAGAUACUUGUAGCAGGUGUUUAUCAUAUAUCAUAAUAAUUAUUAUGGUUUUGUCUAAUGGUUAUCAUUAAAUUUUUAGUCUAUUGUCGUUUCAACAGCUGUGUCUAUUCACUGGAGACUCUCUGUAAUAUCUCUGAUGACUGCGUUUUGAUUCCCAGGGGAUGUUUUGCGCGGGUGCAGUUUUAUUAUUGCGUUGAAUAAUUUCCGGCUUGGUGUGAUUCUAAUGUUUCCAACAAGCA